AUGACCACAGUCCAGACGCAGACAUUUCACAUCAAAGGCGACCUCGAUGCUGGCGCUCCGUCUCCCCCACCUUACUUCCAUGGGGAGACAGUGGAGCUGAGGUCUAUGGCCUCUGCAACAUCUUCGUUAUCCUCUUCAUCUCCGCCUGUCUAUGAAGAGGUUUCCUCCUCAGCCGCUGGGUCCGGAUCCACUGGACCAUCUGGCACGACAUUCAAACCAACCAAGAGCCUCCAAGUAGAGAAUAAGGGCUUGCCUGUAAUUGCUUUUCCUCUGCCGCCUCGUCCCUAUCCGAUCGAGGUGUACGCUGUUGGUGAUUCAGGAAUACUGAGUAGCAAGGCAUACGAAUCAGUUCGACCAACGCGUGGUUCAGGAAGCUGCAUCCUUUUCCGUGGCGACCCUGCUGCAGGCGCUGAGCCUAUCUGCACUACCAUCUACCGUUUUGGUCCCGGUCGGCCACCGAAGAUCCGCCUUCUCGGGCCCGACUCUGAUGUCGACUUUAGCACGCUGGGCGAGGAUAAGGGAGAGCUUGCCGCUGGGGAGGAAGAAUUCGAGGUGCUCAGCAGAGGCGUAACAACCCGUGCUGUCUCCAUCCGUACACACCUGGGCACAUUCCUCUGGCGCUACGCUGGCAAGGCUGAGCGGCGCGAGUUUGAUGCGGAUAGCCUGGUGGUGAUGGAUCGCGUCACCACCGUGGCCCUUGCGGGCGGCAAGACCGAAGAGAGGUACCGCCGGGUUGCGCAGCUGGUGCGGAACAAGGAAUUCAGGACUGCUGGCUCAGGGAGGAGCACUGCUGGCAAUGGUGGGCGGUUGAUGAUGGAUCUGAGCGAGUGGGACGUGGACAGGAAGGGUGAACGUGAGCAGAUGGAAGCACUGAUUUUGGCCGGCUGCAUUUGCAUGCUGAAGAAGGAGAUGGACCGAAGACGAUUUCACCAGAGCAUGAUUAUUGCUGGUGGUGGCGGCGGCGGUCCGUAG